AUGCCCAAGAUUUCUACUAGUUUCUUAAAUUCCUUCAACAAAGCAAUACUCAAAAGACCAAUCUUUAGUAUUCAGUCAAAACUUAUAUCUACUUCACCUGUGCCCACCCACCAGCAGAUAGCCCAUCUCAUUUUAGAGCAGAAAACAGCAACUCUAGCGUUGCAAACCUUCAGAUGGGCAUCCAAAGUUCCCAGCUUUACGCACACUCAAGCCACCUAUAGAGCUUUGAUUCACAAGCUCUGCACUUUCCGCCGUUUUGAUAUUGUUCAAGAGCUGCUCGACGAAAUGUCUAGCUCAAUCGGGUCUCCACCUGAUGAAGAUGUAUUUAUCACUAUUGUCCGUGGUCUUGGCCGGGCAAGAAUGAUCAAACAAGUUAUCAAAGUACUGGAUAUGGUGUCUAAGUUAGAAAAGAAACCGUCUUUGAAGCUUUACAAUUCUAUACUCGAUGUUCUCGUGAAAGAAGAUAUUGACAUUGCUAGAGAAUUUUAUAGGAAGAAAAUGAUGGCUAGUGGUGUUCAGGGUGAUGACUACACUUUUGGCAUUUUGAUGAAAGGUCUUUGCUUGACUAAUAGGAUUGGGGAUGGGUUCAAGCUUUUGCAAGUACUGAAGACUCGGGGUGUUACGCCUAAUGCUGUGGUGUAUAAUACACUCCUCCAUGCACUUUGUAAAAAUGGUAAAGUUGGGAGAGCUAGGAGUUUGAUGAGUGACAUGACAGACCCUAAUGAUGUAACUUUCAAUACAAUGAUAUCUGCCUACUGUAAGGAGGAGAACAUAGUUCAAGCUCUUGUGAUGUUGGAGAAGAGCCUUAGUUGUGGUUUUGUCCCUGACGUGGUCUCAGUGACUAAAAUAGUCGAAGCUCUUUGCAAUGGAGGGCGUGCCUUUGAGGCAGUUGAGAUCUUAGAAAGAGUGGAGGAGAGGGGAGGAACUCUGGAUGUUGUUGCUUACAACACUCUGGUGAAAGGAUUUUGCAAAUCAGGUAAAGUGAAAGUUAGUCGUCGUGUAAUGAAAGAAAUGGAGUUGAAAGGUUUUCUGCCGAAUGCAGACACAUAUAAUGCACUGAUGUCUGGGUUAUGUGACUCUGGAAUGUUAGAUUCUGCCCUUGAAACGUUCAAUGAGAUGAAAAGUGCUGGCAUAAUUUGGAAUUUUACAACGUAUGAUACUCUAAUCCGCGGUUUGUGUUCAGCUGGAAGGACAAAUGAUGGAUUUAAGAUCUUGGAACUAAUGGAGGACAGUAAAUUGGGUUCUGGUGGUCAAGUUAAUCCUUACAAUAGCAUAAUACACGGUUUAUAUAAGGAGAAUCGUACUGAUGAAGCUCUUGAAUUUCUGGAAAAGAUGGAAAAGUUAUUCCCAAGAGCUGUAGGUAGGAGCUUUGAAAUACUAAAUCUUUGUGAUGAAUGUAGCAUUGAGCAAGCAAAGCAGGUUUAUGCAAAGAUGAUGGAGGAAAACAGUGUUCCAAGCGCUCUUGUUUACGCAAAGAUGAUUCAAGUGUUUUGCCAGCAAGAGCUACUCAAGGAAGCAUUUGAAGUACUCAAUGAGAUGAUCGUUCGAGGCUAUUCGCCGUCUGUUUCAACUGUUAAUGCCCUGAUGAGUGAGCUUUGCAGGCAAGGCAAAAUUGGAAAUGCUCUAAAACUAAUGGAGGACAUGACAGCAAAAGGUUGUUCCCCUAACUCUGAUAGUUACAGCCCCAUGAUAGUUACACUUUGUAGUAAUGGGAAUUUUCAGACAGCUCUGAUUUUACUACUGCAAAUGGUGGAAAAGGGUAUAGUUCCAAAUUACGCUAUUUGGAAUGCCAUUGUCGUGUGCCUUUAUCAAGAAACUGGAUCAUCAUCAGUCGGCAACAAGAUCACGUCUCCUCUAAACAAGCAAUUGGAUUGUCUGAUAAGAACCUGA